AUGUGUGUUUCAGGGUAGACAAAUCUUGUACCUAGAAAAAAGAUGGGGAUGACUUUUCAAAACGACAACGACAAAGGAAGGGACAAAAAUCAGACAAUAUAAUAGUGGUUGUCUUAUUUCAACAAAGCUUGAACUACAUUUUCACAUUAUUUGUAGUAUAUAAAGUUAUUUCUUCAACAUUUUCAGAGCGAACCAAAAGGCCUUUGAAAGCGCCAUUCAGCCUCCAGAAAACGUGAAAUAAAUCGAUCCCCAUCCUCUAAACAUGGCAGAUGAUAAGCAUGAUGACUCAGUUGAUGAAUCUCCAGAAAUCCAUUUUGAACCUGUGAUAAAGUUACCAGAAAUAGAGGUUAAAUCAUUGGAAGAAGAGGAAGAAGAAGUAUUAAAGUUACGUGCAAAACUAUUUCGAUUUGACAAUUCUUUUGACCCGCCAGAAUGGAAAGAACGUGGAACUGGAGAUUGUAAGCUGUUAAAGCAUAAAGAAACUGGUUUGAUACGUGUUCUUAUGAGACGAGAUAAGACACUAAAAGUUUGUGCCAAUCAUUUCAUUACAGCACAGAUGGAAUUAAAGCCAAACUGUGGCAGUGAUCGUGCCUGGUUAUGGAGUGUGGCGGCUGAUUAUGCAGAUGAGGAAGCCAAGCCAGAAACAUUGGCAAUACGAUUUGCUAAUGCUGAAAAUGCACAGAAAUUCAAUGAAAAAUUUAAUGAAGCAAAGACAAACAACGUAAAGCUACUAGAGAAAGAAAAAUUAGGAAGACUAGAGAACGGAGAGGGAGAUAAAAAAGACACUGAUAAAGUGGCGGAGAAGUUGGGUGAGAUGUCCGUGAAAUCAGACGGUAGUGAAAACAAGGUGGAAAAUAAGACUGAUGACCAGAAAACUGAAACCAGUGAAGAGAAAACAGAAACAAAUGAUGAGAAAAAGGAGAAAGAUUCUCCAAAAAAGACAGAAAGUGUUUCGUGAUUUGUGAAGCUUUGGGAAAUUGCCCAGCAUUACAAAUCAGUUAUUCUGAGAAAUUUUUAGUUCCUCAUUUGUGGGAGGUAAACAAGAAGACUUGUAUAAUCAGUUGUAUGUCUUGGAUAGGUAUAAACAUUGUCAUCAGUUUUCAAAAUUGAACAGUUUUGACUGUUAACAGUUGAUAAUCAGUUGUUUAAUCUGUCGUCUCAUAAAUGUGGGGAAAAUGUCAUCUAAUUCAUGAAAAAAAUUACUUUGUUCGGUUUUUCAGUGGGAAACAUGGGAAAUAUCCUUCAAUUGUGGGAUGAAUUUAUUACCAUUUGAUGCAAAUCAUAACAUCUGCAUUAUUUCUAUUCUAAGUCAUUUCUUGUUAUUGUGAUCAGCUGUUCAUGAAUUUAUUUUCAAGUAAUAAUUGAAUUAUCGGUACUUACAAAUAAAGAUACAAAUGUAA